CUGAGCGACAUUGGGGACUAUGUAGGUACAGACAUUGAAAUAUCCUGGUUACCUAAUCUGGAUGAGCUCAUGAAGGGCUAUGCCAGAAACUUUCGCCCUGGGAUAGGAGGUCCACCCGUGAACGUGGCCAUGGCGAUAGAAGUGGCCAGCAUUGAUCACAUCUCUGAAGCCAACAUGGAGUACACCAUGACUGUGUUCCUGAGGCAGAGCUGGCACGACGACCGCCUGUCCUACAACCACACCAACAAAACGCUGGGACUGGACAGCCGCUUCGUCGACAAGCUUUGGCUGCCCGACACCUUCAUUGUCAAUGCCAAAUCUGCUUGGUUCCACGAUGUUACCGUGGAGAACAAACUGAUACGCUUGCAGCCCAACGGCGUCAUUCUGUACAGCAGCCGAAUUACCUCAACAGUGGCCUGCGACAUGGACCUGACAAAGUAUCCCAUGGAUGAACAGGAGUGCAUGCUUGACCUGGAAAGCUACGGUUACUCCUCGGAGGACAUUGUCUACCACUGGUCAGAAAGUCAGAAGCACAUCCACGGCCUGGACAAACUGGAGCUCUCACAGUUCACAAUCACGGACUAUCGGUUUGUCACAGAGAUGAUGAAUUUCAAAUCUGCGGGAAGAUUUCCAAGGCUCAGCCUUCGCUUCCAGCUGAGACGUAAUCGCGGAGUGUACAUCAUCCAAUCGUACAUGCCUUCCAUUUUACUGGUUGCCAUGUCCUGGGUGUCCUUUUGGAUCAGCCAAUCAGCAGUUCCUGCCCGUGUAUCUUUAGGUAUCACAACUGUUCUCACCAUGACCACUCUAAUGGUGAGCGCCCGCUCCUCCCUUCCUCGCGCAUCAGCCAUCAAGGCGCUGGACGUCUACUUCUGGAUCUGCUACGUGUUUGUGUUCGCCGCCUUAAUCGAGUACGCCUUUGCUCAUUACAACGCUGACUACAGACUCAAAGAAAAAGCCAAGGUGAAGGCCAACAAGCUCGGCUCUGAGUCCAUCGUGAAGAACGGCAAACAGGCCAUGGUUCUGUUCUCCUUGUCCGUCACCGGAAUGAACCAAGGCGUUGUCAUAUCCAACCGCCACAACAGAGCACAGCGCUCUAGCAGCGAGAUCCCCGGGGAGGCCGUCUCCGAGGAGUCCGAGUCCAGGAGGAGAUCCGGACAGAUGCAAGAGAGCGAGGAGAAGAAGUGUUGCUCCAAGUGCGUCUGCAAACCCAUUGACGCCGAUACCAUUGACAUCUACGCCAGAGCCGUUUUCCCUUUCACCUUCGCUGUGGUCAACGUGAUCUACUGGGUGGCGUAUACCAUGUGA